AUGGCGACGAACGGAGGAUACGACACGGGCGUCAGCUACCCGAACCCAAACGUUCAGGGAAAUCCGUACAUCUACCUCGCAGUCUACUCGUCCGUUCCCGUGUACGAGAUGAUGGUUCGCGGAAUCGGAGUGAUGCGCCGCCGCGCCGACAGCUGGCUCAACGCGACGCAGAUUCUGAAGGUUGCGGGGGUGGACAAGGCGAAGCGGACCAAGAUCUUGGAGAAGGACAUUGCGCAGGGCGUGCACGAAAAGGUGCAGGGAGGGUAUGGGAGGUAUCAGGGCACUUGGAUUCCGUUCGAGCGCUCCGUCGAGCUCGCCAACGCCUUCGGUGUCUCGCAUCUUCUCGCACCCCUCUUCGACUACACCGCUCCUCCUCCGCCCGUCGCUCUCGGCGGUGCCGCACCUCCGCCCCCGAUCGUCAACCCGUACGGCGUCAGCGGCCCUCCUCAGCUCCCUCCCCCGCCUCCGCCUCAACAACAGCACGUCCAGCAGCCUCAUCCGCAGGACGCGAGCGCGAUCCUCAACCAGGCUCGUCAGCAGGGCUUGCUGCCCAAUCCGAUGGCUGGCCCAUCGAGCUUGCAUGAGCAGCAGCAGAUGCCGCCUCCGCAGUCGACCAUGGGACACAAGCGCGGUGGAGAUUCGCUCGACCAGGAGGACGUCAAGCGCGUCAGGAUGGAGCUGACGAACGGCUUCAAUGGCGUCGCAAACGGCUACCCUCCUCCCGCUGCUGCAUCUCUCCCGCCGCCUAUUGUCCCCGUCAGCAACUUCCGCACCACGCUCAAGUCAUCGACGAAGACUCCGUUCGACCCUGCGGCCGUCGACCCCGUCCAGCUCGACCGCCAGCGCACGGCGCUCAAGUCGAUCUUUGCGAUGGAGGCGGAGCAGCCGCUCGGAGGCGGACCGACUCUCGUCCCCGACUUGCCUUCCAUCUUCCCGCCGGACGUGCACGUCGAACCCGACACGCCGAUCGACGAGAACCUGCAUACUGCGCUGCAUUGGGCCUCCGCUCUCGCCCGCAUCUCGCUCGUUCACGCGCUCGUCAAGUACGGCGCCGACAUUCACCGCGGCAACAACGUCGGCGAGACGCCCCUCAUCCGCGCUGUCCUCGUCACGAAUAAUGCCGACCAGGACUCGUUCCUCCGCCUCCUCGAGGUUCUCGGCCCGUCUCUCCGCACUGUCGACGAUGUCGGUCGCUCGGUCUUGCACCACACCGCGCUCGUCGCGGGCGUCAAGGGCCGCGCAUCAAGCGCGACCUACUAUCUCGAGACAAUCCUCGAGUAUAUCGCAACGGCGGAUGGCGGCAGGUUCAAGGACCUCGUCGAUGUUGUCGACAUGUAUGGCGACACGGCGCUCAACAUUGCCGCGAGGAUCGGGAACAGGACGCUUGUCAGGAUGUUGCUCGAGGUUGGCGCGGACAAGCUCAAGCCGAACAAGCUGGGCUUGCGACCAACCGACUAUGGUCUCGAGGACCCUGAGUUGACGGUCAACGCCGCCGAGGAGACGCUGCACGCCCUGCAGAACCAAGACGGCGCCUCUUCGGCUCCCGUCCAGGCGUCGCAGGACGUCCUCCGCUCUCUCUCCGACACGCUUUCAUCGCUCUCUUCGUCCUUCCAAGCCGAGCUGGGCAGCAAGACCGCCGAACUAGAUGCGAAGAAGGCGCAGCUCCAGUCGCUUGUCCGCGAACUCGCCGACAAGCGUGCAGCGCUCACUCGCGCACGGGCUGAGGCGAACCACGUCGAGGAACAGGCGCAGCGGGUCAAGAACCUGUCUCAUGCGAUCGACAACGAGGACUCGUUCGACUGGACUGGCCGGACCGAGGCAGACGGCUCGCCUGCAUCCGCCCUUGCCGGUCCUGGCUUCACCUACCGUGGCCCCGGCAGCACUCUCUCGAACCUGCCCUCCGGUAUUUCGAUCGAGUUCGACGCCGACCCUCCCUUCCCCGAUACCGAUGCCGGCGUCACGGGCGAGUCGCUCGUCCACCUCUUGCGACUCCAGGCGUGGCACGAGCGCGUCGAGAACCUCAUGAACCAGCGGUUGGAGAAGCUGCGAGGAGGAAACGCCGACAUGGAGGCCAAGCUGAAGAAGAUUGUCGCGGGAUGCUGCGGCGUCGACGAGGACAAGGUCGAUGGCAUGCUCGAGGGGCUUGUCACAGCGCUCGAGAGCGACCCCUCCGCGACCGACCUCUCCCGCGUCGCCAACUUCCUCAGUCGCGUCAAGGACGACGCCAUGCCCUGA